UAACUAUUCAAUUUACUUAAAGCAAAUGGGCAGAUGUUGAAUUAGAAAUAAUUUUAUUGCUGUUUACCGAUUAUUUAUGGUCUGUGGGUUCUUUAGUUUCCUUCACAUCUCUGUUCUCCUCGGCACCAUGAAAACUUAUAUCACUUUCCUGAUCCUCGGUACCGUGUCCGUGUUAGCUGAUAUUCAAUAUGAAAUCAAAAAACUUUCGGAUGAUAUGGAAUUAGUCAAAUCAGAAAUUUUAGCGCUCCAGGAAAAGAUACGUUUAAUGGUCGUCCAAGAGGAAGAUUUGCAGGAAAUCGCUCCUGAUCAUGACCGCCAAAAGAGAUUUGUGGUCGUUCAAUUUGCCCCAAGAGGCCCUCAUGGACAGCCAGGUGAACGAGGUGGCCGAGGAGACGAUGGAGAACCAGGCUUGCCAGGCCCGGCUGGUAAAGAUGGUGACAAGGGACCCAUGGGAGAGCGCGGAUUCCCUGGCCCUAAGGGAUAUCGUGGAUCUAAAGGACCAAGGGGACCAAAAGGCGAAAAUGGCGCUCAAGGAAAGCAGGGGGCACAGGGGUCUCAGGGUAUUCACGGACCUAUGGGAAGAAAGGGAGAAAGGGGAAAUCAAGGACCACCCGGGCCACCAGGCAUCCCCGGAUAUCCCGGAAUUCCAGGAUUUAUGGGAUACAUGGGAAUGCCAGGUGUAAUUGGAGAACCGGGGCCCAUUGGUGACCGAGGUGAAACCGGAGAAAUAGGAAUCCCAGGACGUAUGGGAGAGAAGGGAACGCCCGGAGAUACUGGUCCCCCUGGUAAUGCAGGAUGGCCCGGUCCUAGAGGAGAAUACGGGAUAGAGGGCGAACAAGGAAACCCAGGGUACCCCGGACUGCCGGGUGAUGCUGGGGUACAAGGCCCUCGAGGGCCCCAGGGUGUAACAUAUGCAGAAUACCUCAGGGCAUUCGCUGAAGCACAAGCUAGACUGCGUAGUAGUCGUAGUUAAAGGAACAUAGAGCAACAAUUUAUUUAUAUUCUUUAAAUUUUCUUAGUGUUCAUAGCUUCGUUUGAAUGUUUAUCUGGUGAUUACGUUGAACGUUUACAAACUGUAUCAGAUUCCUUUUAGAAAAUAUCCAAACAAGUUUGUAGCCUUUCAUCUUUAUUGUACUACUAAGCCACUAAAACUCGGAAGAAUCUGCUAUGUGAUAAUUCUAUACGUGUACGAUAUCCUGAAAUAUUUUGUAUAAGUACCGGUGAUAUAUAUCGGUGAUAUAAAUAUGUUUUUUACUUUAAAAUAAAUAUAUGUUGU